GUGGAUAUGGGUUGAAAACAGGAAUGAGUAAGUCCUCCUGUCCACUACACAGAACACUGACUGUGUAAUGGACAGUAUUCACAGUUCUUUGCAUUUUCCACAGUUUGUCAUGUUACAGCCUUAUUCCCAAAUGGGUUCAAUUCAUUUCUCACCUCAAAAUUCUACACAUGAUACCCCAUAAUGACCAAAUGAAAAAAGUUUGCUUGAAAUUCUUGCAAAUUUAGUAAAAAAUUAUAUGAGAAAUGGUCAUUUUGAAAAGAAAGCCCAUGUGGAAACUUGAAACCCUGAGAUGUCUCCUUGACAGUAAAUUUGAGUAAGACUCAAAUAGAUUGCAUGAAUUGUGCUCGUGGAGGUCUCAGACUCGUGUCCCCCCAACAGAGGACAAGAAUGAAUCGCUGGGUCAGAGGAGGUUAAUGAACACUUUGCAUUCUGUUUCGAGUGCUCUCCUAAUCAAAUAUCAGAGGGAGGGCGGGCACAGCGAACAUGAAUUAUUUGUUUUUGUGGCCUCUGUGAACAUUUUUUGUUGUUGCAUGAGCUAACCUUUUUUCCUGUGAUAAUAUUAACAAAAAAUAAUGUUAAACGAUUGUUAGGUGAAGUGAAAUUGUAUGAAAAGUAUUUCCAGUGCUUUAAAUUCACACUUUUUUUUAGUUACAAUAUAUGGACGUAUGUAAAUAAGUGAUGUAUGCAUUUUCUGAUUUAAUAUGAGAAAAUAAACAACAACAAAAACACCGAUUAAUUUGUAGGAAAGUGGUUGGUGACUGCAAAAUGAAUAGUUAAAAUGUUAGGUUAAUGUAUUACUUUUUUUAUGGUGGGGACACACAAACACACCGGUUGCUACCCAGCAGUGACCAUGAAGGGCAGAUGAAGCUCGGGUGAAAGACUGCAGCACGGUGCGCAGUGACCGGCUGCAUCCACUGGGGGAGGACCGAGCACCGCCUGCACGAGCUGCGGUACACGAGCGACUUUCUCACCGAGACUCUCCAUCAUCACACAGACACACACACGCACACAGACACACACAAUGGGAGGGAUCCAGGAGUAUAGGUAGGGAUACGGCGGCAGACAGACAGAUGUGCGAUGCUCAGACUUAAACCAUGAAGCCAUCCCCCCUCGCCCGUGCGAAGGUAAACUUUUACCCACCCUCGUAUCUUGUCUUCGUGUGGAGCUGUCAUUGAUGCCAACUCGCUACGCGCACACCUGCUACUUCCUCCUCUUCUUCUCAUUCUUUUUUUCUCCUCUGGAGGGGGUAACAUUAUUGCUCUCGUCGUAACCAGAAGCGAUGCAGCAGAAACGGAGGCUGAAGUGGCGAUAGAUCCUGUUGAAUUGAGACAAGACGUCGAGACGCAGCCAAAAAAAGUGUCCUCUCCAGAGUGCGUCAGAGCACGGAUGUGUGUACUGGAUGUGGAUAUGGUCGCUGCGUGGAUACAGCGAGGGAUUUUGCGGCGUUACCCUCCAAAAUCAUAACGGGGAUUUGAGCGAGAGUGAACAACUGCAUCCUCACCUAGCCUCUCCUUCCCCUGCUUCCUCCAUCAGAUUGGUUUGUGAAGAGGGGGGGCGGGGGAGGGGGACUGAGGCGAUGUCGUUUUGGCCCCCUUUCAGAUCUCCUGAGAGCGUCAGAGGAAUAAAGUCAUUCAGAUUCACCGGAGCUGUGUAAAAUAACAACGGAGAUAUCUCUCCCCCUCUCUCUCUCUCUUUUAAACUCAUCCUAAAAUGGCAACCAUGAGUGACCAGGGAGGAUCAAAAGACGCAUUCGGGCGCAAACCCGGCUCGCGGAGAAAUUAACCACCUGAUGGGCACCGGAGAAACAGAGGAGAGACUGUUUUGGUGUCGCUUGUUGACUUGGUGAUUUACAAUGCUGAGCAAAUAAGGGGCGCUGCAAGUUUGACCGAGCGUCUGCGUAACAGGCUAUGCCACCGGCCUUUACAUCUGAUCUUUUUCCUUCUUUCUUCUUCUUCUUUUUUUUGGAUAUGGUAAUGAUGUCAUGAAAUACCGGAGGAAGGGGGGGCUGUACCUAAACUGGAAGAGAUGGCAAUCAGUAUCAUGUAAGUAGGAUACAUGGGAUUCGCUCAGCAUGGACCCGUUUGAGGUGUGUUUGCUAUUCUGACUUUCUCGCAUUCACGACUGAUUGGUCGAGAGGCUUCAUGCCUCAUUUUGUCUCCCUGCGCGCGCUGAGCUGCAACUUUUGUCCUCUGGUCUGCGUCCACAUCACAGCGCGCGAGCGCUUACUGUAAGCGUCCGCGGACCGAAGCGCUCACUGACUUAAAAUGGAGUUUGCCAUGGUGGGCGCGGACGGUGGGUGCAACAGCCACCUGCCUUACGGAUAUGCCCAGGCUCGCGCGCGGGAGAGGGAGCGCGAGAGGGAGCGCCAGGUUGCCCACACCAGAGCGGCGGCCGCAGCGGCUGCUGCCGAAGGUGGAACGUGCACGGAGGGAGGUGGUGGAGGAGGAGGAGGUAGCUGCGGUGGCGUCGGGGGGUCCACCUCCAACACCUCCUCGAGCGCUCAUCUCCUUAACAACCGCCAGCAUCAGUCUCGCGCCGCCUCCUCCGCGAACGCCAACAUCAGCAGCGGCGGUACCGCCUCGCGCCCCUCCUCCUCCUCCUUCACCUCCACCACCACCACCACCACCUCCACCUCCUCCUCGCAGCAGAACCAGCAGGAGCCCGAGCAGCAGCAGAGAUUUGUGCGAGAGCGGAAAAAGCAGCGCGGCGUCGGACGCUGGAGACGGAACCGGGGCACUCUCGGCGGGGACCUGCGCCACUCCGAGCUGGCUCUGCUCGGAUCCGAGGAGGACAUCAUGAUAGAGGAGGAAGAGGCCGAAGGAGCCGAGGAAGAGGAGGAGGGGGGGAGGGGG